UACUCGUUUAGAAUAUUUUGGAAUGGCAAUGGAUGACUGUCUGAUUGGAAAUGAAAUCGAAUUAUCCUCAGCCGUGAGUCCGAGUCUUCUCUGGUGUGUUAGUAAAGUUUGUGUUUUGUGUAGGUAAUGUGUGUGCUGAGCUGAAGCAAUAAAACGAAAGGACGGCCUAACAUAAGUUUUGCAUAUGACUGUGUCAUGACGGCUAUGUUAAAGGAUAAAGGGCAGUUGAUGUUUGAAGACAAAUGGCCUUCCAUGAGGCCAAUCAUACUAAAAUUGCUCCAACAAGAACCAGUUACACAAAAUGAGUGGCAAGAUCUCUUUUAUUCUGUCCAUUUGGUUUGUCUUUGGGAUGAAAAAGGCCCACCAAAGGUCAAAGAUGCUCUUAGAGAUGAUAUUAUGGACUUCAUUCAGAGAGCUCAAACGAGAGUAUUAUCUCACCAAGAAGAUCAAGCUCUUCUGAAAGCAUACAUUGCAGAAUGGCGGAAGUUCUUUACCCAAUGUAACUAUUUACCAACUCCAUUUCGCCAGCUCGAAACUUCUUUACAAGGAAAAAGCAUGCCAUCUGUCAAGCCACCUGAAAGUAUUGUUAGGAAGCUGAUGUUAGAUAGUUGGAAUCAAAGCAUAUUCUAUGAUAUUAAAAAAAGAUUACAAGAUUCAGCUAUGAAGUUAGUCCAUGCUGAGAGAAAUGGAGAAGCUUUUGAUUCUCAACUAGUUAUAGGAGUACGGGAAUCCUAUGUAAAUCUUUGUUCCAAUACGGAUGAUAAACUACAAAUCUACAGAGAAAAUUUCGAAAAGGCUUACAUUGAAGCUACAGAGUCCUUUUACAAAAUGAAAGCCCCUCAGUAUCUUCAAGCGAACGGAGUACAAAAUUAUAUGAAAUAUGCUGAUGCGAAACUGAGAGAAGAGGAGAUAAGGGCACAGAAGUACUUGGAACCCUGCAGUGGAUCAGUUCAAGUGCUUACAGAGUGCUGUGUGAAUGUCUUAGUGUCCACAUUCAAAUAUACUAUCUUAUCAGAAUGUGCAGGCAUGAUCAAGAACAAUGAAACAGAACGGCUGCAGUUGAUGUUCAAGCUGAUGGACCGAGUGCCGGAAGGUAUUGCUCCCAUGUUGAAAGAUCUAGAGGAGCAUAUCGUCAGUGCAGGAUUGGCAGACAUGGUCGCAGCUGCUGACAUUAUUACUCAGGAUUCUGAGAAGUAUGUUGAAAGACUUCUUGAACUGUUCAAUGAGUUCAGUACUCUGGUUAAAGAAGCAUUCAAUGAUGAUCCAAGGUUCCUAACAGCAAGGGACAAGGCCUAUAAGCAAGUUGUAAAUGAUACUACAGUUUUCCGAUUGGAGUUGCCAGCCAAACAGAGUGCAGGAAUGAAGAGCCAGCCAGAAUCUAAAUGCCCAGAACUACUAGCAAACUACUGUGAUAUGUUACUGAGGAAAACACCACUAAGCAAGAGACUGACUUCAGAUGAGAUUGAGAGCAAACUUAAAGAUGUGUUGUUGGUGUUGAAAUAUGUACAAAAUAAGGAUGUUUUUAUGAGGUUUCACAAAGCUCAUUUGACAAGAAGACUCAUUCUUGAUACCUCAGCAGAUUCUGAAAAGGAAGAAAAUAUGGUUGAAUGGUUAAGAGAAGUUGGAAUGCCAGCUGAUUAUGUAAAUAAACUAGCAAGAAUGUUCCAAGAUGUGAAAGUGAGUGAAGAUCUGAAUCAGCAGUUCAAAGAGACGUAUAGGAGUACCAAGGGCAGUAUAGCAGAUUCAAUAAAUAUCAAAAUACUGAAUGCUGGAGCAUGGGCUAGAGGAAGUGAAAGAGUUACAGUAUCAUUACCGUUAGAACUUGAAGAUUAUAUUCCUGAAGUGGAAGACUUUUAUAAAAAGAAACAUAGUGGUCGCAAACUGCAGUGGUAUCAUCACAUGUCAAAUGGCACGAUAACUUUCACAAAUGCAAUCGGCAGGUUUGAUGUAGAUGUUACAACCUUUCAAAUGGCUGUGUUAUUUGCUUGGAACCAACGACCGUUAGAUCACAUAUCGUAUGAGAAUUUGAGGUUAGCUACAGAACUGCCUGAUCCAGAGUUAAGAAGAACGUUGUGGUCACUUGUUGCAUUUCCAAAACUGAAACGUCAAGUGGUCCUGUACACUCCAGAAGUACAAUCACCAAAAGAUUUUGAUGAAAAUACUCAGUUCUGGAUCAACCAGGAGUUCUCAUUAGUAAAAAAUGGCAAACUGCAAAAAAGAGGGAAGAUGAACCUUGUGGGGCGACUACAGUUAUCAACAGAGAGAAGUAAAGAGGAGGACAAUGAAAGUAUUGUUCAACUAAGGAUACUGAGAGUUCAAGAAGCAAUCAUUAAAAUCCUCAAGAUGAGAAAGAGAAUAACCAAUGCACAGUUGCAGACUGAGCUCGUUGACAUUUUAAAAAAUAUGUUCCUUCCUAGCAAAAAGAUGAUAAAAGAACAAAUUGAGUGGCUAAUUGAGCAUAAAUACAUGAGAAGAGAUGAAGAUGAUAUUAAUACUUUUAUUUAUAUGGCGUGAUUACUGUGUAAUCAUUUCAUUUGUACUUUUAAAGUGUUGCAUUACAAUUUUACUUUCAUAGAAGACCUAAUUACGAUAUUCCAAAGAGGAUUAUUUUCUGUAAUGAUAUACAAUAAGAAAGAAAUCAUUCUUCCUAUACCGAUUAAUUAUUUGUAUUUGACUUGAUCAUAACACAUUUGCUAAUUGUUUAAACUGUAAAUAUUUAUUUAAACCAAAUAAUUGUUAAAAUUGAUUUUAUUUUUGUAGAAUUUCUCAUUUAUCUUUUAGUGUAAUAUAAAUAAUGUUUUAAAAAACACGUUGUUAGUUUUCUCUCUGUAUAGUUGUAAGUCAUGUGUUUAAAUUAAAUAAUAGUUAUUAUUAUUUUUACAAUUA